GAAAUGGAAAGAGAGAGGGAGCAGAGUGUCCACGACCUGUGGUGGUGUAGGAAGAGAUUUGCAUGCUUCUCUAUUCCAGAGGCUUUCGAUUGCUUUUCCUUCGGAAUAUCCUUCUUCGAUUCCUCAGUUUGGUGGUUUUGAAUACUCUAACAAUACUGGGAGAACAUGAUUUCUUGGUGAUGAGAAUCUUCAUUUUAAGGACUUUGUUUUUGAGGAGCCAUGUGAAGCUCAAACUCUCACAAGUCAAGAAGGUCUUUAGACUCCUAAUGUGAGUAGUCAGCGCUUGUCUGUUGGGAUGACACCCAAGACCUUUAGGCUGCCGAAACCUGGCGAGACGCUUCUCUGUCCAUGGAUCACGUUUUGGUGUUUACAAGGAAAAUAACAUGGAAGCUAUAUAUGGCAAAAUUUCCAAGGCAUAGAGCGAAGAAAAUGGUCAAACAAUCAACUCAAUUGAAGGAACUUAAAACCGAAACGCAACAACCUCAAUUCAAGGAGCUUGAAAUCGAAGUGGAGCGUCAAAUCAGUGCAAUUAGGGUGGUUCGUGAUGUUGACAUCGAGCGAUUGUUGAUGGAACUUCGUUUGGUUCGGUCGUGUUUCAGUGAGGAACAGCUCCGGAAGCCAAUGCUGCAGGUCUUCGAACAAAUCUUACCGAAUCUCUCAAUUGUGAAAGAUGAAGGGAAUGGGAAAUUCGAUGUGAAGUGGAAAGAGAGAGGGAGCAAAAUGUCCACGACCUGUGGUGGUGUAGGAAGAGAUUUGCACGCUUCUCUGUUCCAGAGGCUUUCGAUUGCUUUUCCUUCGGAAUGUCCUUCAUCGGUUCCUCAGUUUGGUGGUUUUGAAUACUCUAGCAAUACUGGGAGAACAGGAUUUCUUGGUGAUGAAAAUCUUCAUUUUAAGGACUUUGUUUUUGAGGAGCCAUGUGAAGCUCAGACUCUCACAAGUCAAGAAGUUCUUCAGACUCCCAAUGUGAGUAGUCAGCGCUUGUCUGUUGGGAUGACACCUAAAACCCUUAGGCUGCCGAAACCUGGCGAGAUGCUUCUCUCUGUCCAUGGAUCACCUCUUGGUGUUUACAAGGAAAAUAACAUGGAAGCUAUAUAUGAGUCAGAAGAAGAUUAAAUGCCUGCUAAAGCUAUUAUGCGCACAAACAGUACCAUCCUCUUCAUCUCCUUAGAGGAUGGCCAUGUAAAUUUGGUGGCUCUUAGUUCAUCAUUUUUCAUUUAAUGUUCUACAGUUUUAGAUGAAUGCCAUUGACUAAUUAGAUCGAAGAAAUGCAAGUAUUGGUUUUCAGUUGCUAGACCAUUCUACAAAGUUGCUUAUACCAUAUAGUUUCAAAUUCAGUGUUGGUUUAUACUUGGGGAAGCAUAAUUGUUAGAUUAUUACAUAGUUACAUUGAGGUUCAGUUAUUUAGUCAGUAAUGAGAAUUAUUCUCCUAAAUAUGUUGUUAGGAUUGGUUUCAUUCUGUUAAGAGUAGUACAAACUACUUAAAAUGAGUAUGUAAGUGAUAGCUAUGAUUGAUUGUAUCCGUCAACCUCAUUUUAAAUUUAUGCUUAGAUUUUUCUCCCAGCCUA